GAAGAAGGCAGGUUUACAGUAUUAGCCGGUUAGAAGAGUAAUUGUCAAAUAUAGAAUGGGCAAAAACAAAAAUAAGAAACAGCAAGCAGAAAAUUCCUUGUUGGAGAAGGAAAAUGAGGUAGCAGACACUUAUGUCGCUCAGCCCCAGCCACAAGCUGAGGACAAUAGUUUUGAGGUAUUUCUCUGGCUGCUGGCUUACAGUGUGUUAAUGUUCACACUGCCGUUCCUUGGAUUCUACGGUGUACAGAAUUGGCUACAAGAAUCUUUUCCAAAUUUGACAGUUUUCGAAGUGAAUUGUUAUUCAGUGCUGACGGCCGUUCUGGUCGCCAACGCCAUAGUGGCAAUGUAUGUAUUUAAAGCCAUUCGCGAAAAAGAUCCUCCUCCAUUGGAAGGAGAGCAGGAUGAGUCUAAGAAGGAACAAUAAUUUAGUUAUUUAAGAGCAGAAAAACAAGAAUAAAAUGACAAAUUUCUCAGAGACUCUGUUAAA